AGCACAUACGUAAAUAUUCAAAAGAGCAUUAAAUAUGAAAUGCCUUUCCGUGAAAGAAAUUGCCUCCGUUCUCCAGAUUGUGACUGCGGUUCUCUGCUUGCCUGCGAUUCUUCUGUUCUCGAUGGUCAUAGCCUUUCCGGAUGAUAUGAAAUUGUUCAUGUAUCAGUGUUCGCUUUCUACAACAAUGGUACUCUGCCUGAUCUUCGGUUUCAGCACCUGGUUUUACAAUUCUAACUAUCCAAAAACGCGUUUCCAUGUACGCAUUCUGAUUGUCGUAAUACUAUGGAUUUUAUUUAUUUUGGGGGUUGUAACCGCAGUCUUAUUUGAUCUGCAAUUCUGUCAAGAACUGAUAUACGGCGCAUUCGAUGCAGAUAUCUUCGAUACUAGUGAUUAUAUUAUAUUAUAUAUCGGUAUGGGUUUAGGCGCCCUAGCCCAUCUCAUACUGUUGAUUGUUAGUAUUAUAUUGACUGUAGGUGUUUUUCGAAAAAGACGUAGCUCAAACUAAAACAAACUGUGAAUCAACUUUGUUGUUAUGGCAACGGCAUAAAUUAUUCCCGAAAAGUUUUGAAAUUUUC